AUGGGUUCUGGAGAAUUCGAGCUGCCAAUUGACCAGGCAAGAAGUGGUCAAAUCUUGAAGCUGCCGAACGAGAUCCUUCAUCGGAUCGCCAUUCUUCUACCCCACGAUUAUGAUAUUAUCAAACUUGCUUUGGCCAACAAGGAGAUGAAGGCCCGCAUUCUAGGACAACAUGAGCCAAACACAGCCUUGUGGCGCGUUCGCUUCAAGCAGACUUAUGAUCUGCCCCAAGGACGAAGCUCUCAAGAGCUGAUGGUCGAGUACCAAACUCGAAUGAUUGUGCUUGGACGAGGUACCGAUUUCCGAGACUACAGCCAUGCCCAGCAGAAGUUUUGGCUGGAGGUUUUCCAGACCAUGAUCUCCGAGGUGAUUGAUUUGCCUUGGCAAAUCGCGGUGGCCUCUAAGACGUACCAGCAAAUCCAAAACGAAGUUUGUGACAUCCAAUUCCUGAGCCAGCCCAAUUUCAAGGGUAAGCACCCAGAGGCUUUCUGUGCAGUUCAGCUGGCCCUGACUGCCCUAGCUCUUGACUCGACUGCCACUUUGACCAUCUCUCGCGGAGACUACAACAUCCGCCAAGUCUAUACCCUCGGCGAGCUCCAAGUCCCGUUCAUUGAUCAUAGGAAUGUGAAUCUUUCCCGGCUACUGGAUAUGCGCAGCUUCUGGAUGAGACACCUUAUGAGCCCCGAUGAACAUAGCUUUCACGAAUCUUUCAAUGGGCUGGCAGACAUGUACAAGCCCCGGGCCCUCAAGACAGACGGAUCGAAAGCCACAGACCUGAGCAAGUCGUGGACUGGGUAUUUUUCGUGUCUUCACCCAAUGCCAGUUUCCUUCGACGCAGAAGAUCACCGGGAGACCUGCGCGGAUGGGGAUUCACAUCUACCGGAAGUUGAUAUUCAAACCCUGGAGAUCAAAGAGCGGUCUUCCGAGCCCUUCUGGCCUGCUGAAUGCAACGCUUUCAUGCCUAGAUGCGUGGACCUCGACAAUAAGCGGAUCCAUUUCACCGGUUUCCAGAAUGUGCUCAGAUCGAGCCAGGAUGCAGCCAACCCAAUUUUUGGCUUUGUAGAGCCAAUUGAGACACCAUGUGGUGGAAUUCCUGGGUGGUCUCGCAUCUGCUUUACGAUCUGUGAAAGACCUCCAGCCAACGAAGUGUUCACAUGGCCCCCAUUGGCAACUAGGUGGAUUCACGGCUACGAGGCAAUCAUUCUUCCCGGGGGGAGGCUCAUGUUGGGAUUGUGGAUCGACUUGCAGAACCCCAUGGGCAGGGGUCCGUUCAUCUACUGGGACGUGUGA